GCUCCUGAACUCCCGCUGCGGCUGCGGUUCUGGCGGCCGAGCCCCGCGGCGUUGCAGCUCAGAGCUGGCGCGCCGACCCACCGGCGCCCCUGCCUCGCAGCUGGCAGCUUCCUAAUACUCGCGCCGCCCUGCGGCAGGUGCCCCAGACACCCUGAGGCGCGGUGGCCCGAGCCUGGCCACCAUCGAUGACCCAGGUCACGGACCUACUCCAGCCUGGCUACCGCGUGUCUUGUCUCAUCACCUGUGUUUGGCAUUAAAUCAUGGGGAGGAAGCUGGACCUGUCGGGGCUGACGGACGACGAAACCGAGCAUGUUCUCCAGGUGGUUCAGCGAGACUUCAACCUUCGGAAAAAAGAGGAAGAACGGCUAAGCGAGAUGAAGCAGAAGCUGGAUGAGGAGGGCAGCAAGUGCAGCAUCCUCUCGAAGCACCAGAAGUUUGUGGACCACUGCUGCAUGCGCUGCUGCUCGCCCUUCACCUUCCUUGUCAACACCAAGCGCCGCUGCGGGGACUGCGCAUUCAACGUCUGCAAGAGCUGCUGCUCCUACCAGAAGCACGAGAAGGUGUGGAUCUGCUGCGUCUGCCAGCAAGCCAGGCUUCUGAGAACCCAGUCUCUGGAGUGGUUCUACAAUAAUGUGAAGAGUCGUUUCAAGCGCUUUGGCAGCGCCAAGGUCCUGAAAAACCUGUACAGGAAGCACCGGCUGGAGAGCGGAGCAUGUUUCGACGUCCUAGGAGGAAGCUUUUUUGAAACAAACCUGGAGAAUGAAGGAAGCGUUUCGGGCAGUGAUUCAACCUUUUACAGGCAGUCGGAAGGACACAGCAUGAUGGACACUCUGGCUGUUGCCCUGCGCGUGGCCGAAGAGGCCAUCGAGGAGGCGAUUUCCAAAGCAGAAGCCUAUGGGGACAGCCUGGACAAGCAGAAUGAGGCCAGUUACUUGCGGGACCACAAAGAAGAGCUCACUGAGGAACUGGCCACAACCAUCUUGCAGAAGAUCAUCAGAAAACAGAAGAGCAAAUGUGAGCAGCAAGUGGAAGAAGAGCCAGAGUGGCCACGGCCCCAGAGCUGCAGCGCGAAGGCUGCUGACGCGGGGACCACAGCCUCCAGCGGCCUCUGGAGACCCCCGUGUGCAUUCUCACCCACCAGAGAAGGUGCCCUGAAGACCUCUUCGCAGGAGGCUGUGCCCAGGCAGCGGGGGGACCCGGGCCAGCAGCCCAGGGAGGAGUCGGUGGCGUCCAGCUGGGAGAGCGUGGACAGGCUGGACCAAACAACUCUGGCCCCAGUCUUGCAGAGCCCCGAUGGGAACUGGCUGGCCUUGAAGGACGGUGCUCUGCCCCCCACCCGCUGGCUGGCCAAAGCUACGAGCGGCACAUUUCAGGCCCUGGAGGCUGUCUCCCAUGUGGCGUCUGCCUACGAGGAGAUGGGAUCCGACAGCGAGGAGGACUUUGACUGGGGUGCGGCCCUGAGCACGCUCUGCCCGCGGCCCCCAGGUCUGCCCGGGAACCCCCAGCCUCGGCCCACGCAGGCCCAAGGCUCCGACCAAGUGUCCCCUGCCGCCUCCGCUCCCUCCAGGCUGUCCCCCAACCCCGAGGCCAUGUGCUCUGACUCGGAGACCUCCUCGACGGGCUCUUCCCGGGAAGCCGGGCGGCGGGCCAGGCUGUCCUGGUUGCAGAGGAAGGCCCCCAGGAACCCUGCAGCUGAAAAGAUGCACCUCCAGGGAGAGCUGGAUGUGAACUUCAAUCCCCAGGCAGCCAGCAGGGAGACCUCGGACAGCAGCGAGCCCGAGGAGGCCACCCACGCUGCAGACCGGCGGGCCAGGAGGUGGAGAAGGGCCCGUGUGGGCUCAGAGGAGCCAGCCAAGGAGCUGUCGUCCCCCAGCGCCCAUUCCCAGGAGCUAAUCACAUACCAGGUGUCAGGUGAUUUCUCAGAGACUGACAUCAGCUCCGAGACUCGGCACCCCCAGACCAGUGCAGAUACCGCGGAGGAGAAAGUAAGGAACAAGUUGUUCGAGUUAGCCAUGAAAAUGAGCGAGAAGGAGACGUCUUCAGGGGAGGAUCAGGAGUCUGAGUCCAAGACGGAGUCUGAGAACCAGAAGGAGAGUCUGUCAUCUGAAGACAAUAGCCAGAGCAUCCAGGAAGAGCUGAAGAAGAAGUAUUCUGCUGUUUCUCUCUGCAACAUCUCCACAGAAGUCCUGAAAGUCAUCAAUGCCACGGAGGAGUUGAUAGCAGAGUCGACAGGGCCCUGGGAGUCCCCACCUGUCCCCCCUGACAGAGAGAAGGGCACGUUUCCCCUUGGAACAGACCAAGUGAGACUGGAUGAGCAGCUGACUUCCCUGGAAGAAAACGUGUACCUGGCGGCAGGCACCGUGUACGGACUCGAAGGCCAGCUGAGUGAGCUGGAGGAUGCUGCCCGCUGCAUCCACAGUGGCACCAAUGAGACUGAACUGGCAGAUCUGGAGGACCAGGUGGCCACGGCCGCAGCCCAGGUCCACCAUGCCGAGCUCCAGAUCUCUGAUAUCGAGAGCCGGAUUUCAGCCUUGACGAUUGCAGGAUUAAACAUAGCGCCGUGUGUGCGCCUCACAAGAAAACGAGAUCAGAAGCAAAGGAACCAGGUACAAACUAUAGACACAUCAAGACAGCAGAGGAGGAAACUGCCUGCUCCACCAGUGAAAGCUGAAAAAAUGGAGGCAUCUUCAGUGACCACCAUUAAAACAUUCAACCGCAACUUCAUCCUCCAAGGCUCCUCAACAAACAGGACUGAAGACAACAGAAGCGCCACCAAGGAUCUGAUGGAGCCCCCCUUGGAGUCUGCUGUGAUGUAUUAGCGCCAUGGAACACUCCACUGCCAGUGACCCACUGCCUCCGGCCGUACACGACAGUGCCUUGACCCCACAGCCAUCGAAUACUGUGUGGACGUCCAGCUGAGGAGAGGGCCGGCGGAGCCCAGUGCACAGGGCUCUCCUGGCACCUCACCCAGAAAGCCGUCGCCAACUUCAGCAUUGCGGUCUCGCCCACCCUCUGCCUUAGGUCCCUAGGGGUAUCCAAGACAGAAAACCAAGACUCUGGCGCCCAACGGCAGAGCUCCGCAUCCAAAAACGCGUCAUUUCCCUGUUGGCUUGGCUACUGUGCGUCGUCUUUAGGCUCUUUCUUAUUUUCUUUCUUUUGAUUCCUUUGAUUCAACUAGAAUUACUUAUCAACAAUUUGUCCAAAGAAAAAUGGUUGGAGGGGCGGGGGGUAGGGAGAUGAGCAUUACCAUUCAAUUCAUCACCAAUUCUUAUUAAUCGCUUCCAAGCGUCUUUGUCUUGCAAGUGCUGAGGGAAAAAGUGAAAAUGCCCCUGAAGCGAGCACUAGGGACUGUCAAAAUUGGAGAGUGCUCAACCGUCUGGAGGCAGGUCUCCCUUCAGCCACCUCCCUCUUGCUCGGUCCCCAGCCCACCCCACCACCAGUCAUUCCCAUUGCUUUGCGGUCACCGGGCACAGAGUGGAAAGCUCCAAUUCACCCGUGCCACGCCCAGGUCCAGCUGAAACAAUGGCUCGUUGAGAAUUUAGCCUUUUCCUUGGACUUCCUGAGACUUUUCCCCACUCUGAAGUGAAGAGGCACUUGAGAAAGACCAACAUUGACUUAACCUUAGGGGAAUGUCCAGAAUCAACAUAAGGUGAGGUAGCGAUGACCGCACCUAAAUGAUGUGUAGGUCAAUGCAUCAUCUCAGACUAUAGCCAAACGAGAAAAUGUUGUCCCCCCAAAAUUUACUUUCCAAUAAAUAUUCAGCAAAAGUAGUACAAUGACCCGAAGGACAGAAAUGAUUAAGGACUAGCCAGAAAACUUACAGAUAUGAAAAAAAGCCAGGACAAACUAUGAAUUUAAUGGACAAAAGAGUUGAUACUGUUUCCAUGUUUCUGGUCUCAAAUGCAUGACUAUGUAGAGUGAGUUUAUAAAAGCAAAUAGAACUGGAAUUUCACUCAACUGAUCACUUUGCUAAUGUAUUCUGAAUCUGAGGAAGAAGGCAAAGAUGGGAGGCAAGGGAAUAGUGCAAGUGAUGUUUAUUGUUUUUCUCAUUUUAAUCCAUAGAGCACCCCUAUUUAGUAGGUAUCGCCAUUUUUCAGGUUUGAAAACUGAGGGCCAGGGAGAUUGAUUUGCCAAAGUCACAACUGCAAGCUAAGUAUAAUUAGAAUGCUCCGUGAGAGCGUCCCUCUGUGUUGUUUUCAACUUCUGUGUUCUUUUGCUGCUUGGCACAUUCCCGGGCCUGACUGGCUGCUGAAAUGUGUUAUGAUGCCUUCCUGAUGGGGGUCUACCUUCCAAUAAUACUUCUUGCUGAUGCUGUGUAUGUGUUAUCCACCAGCAAUGAUGCCUUUGAAAUAAAGUAAAUCUGGCUUUUUGUUCUGUUGGUGUGAUUCAAAGCAAACAAAUGCAAAUUUGAAAAAGAUCGGAGUUCCAAAUAGAAUGUUUUCUUUAAGAGGCAUGAACAGCAACUAUUGUGUUACUGUGUUAAAAUAUUCAGUUUUCCUUGACAAAAAAAAAUGUGUACUGUGUAAGCCUUGCAAAAAAACAAAAAAAAUGAAGAAGAAGCCUGCUCUAUGGCAUUUGAAUUUUUAUAAAGGUUUCCUUGUGCCAAAUAAGUGCAAAGAUUUAAUUUACUAUUAAAAAACCAUAAGCAUAUGUUAUUGUUCCAGAAGAAUUAUUUUGUCAUCAAGUGAUUUUGAUCUUCAGUGUCAAUAUUUAUAUUUAGAUUAAUUUUUAUAAAUGAAAAUAUUUUACUGGUUUAAGAAAAGGGGGACAUAGGACCAUAUCUUUAAUGACUGCAGAAAGACAAGCUUGCCUUCGUGUCGUAUGCGCCUUGCCAAGAAUUACUGUCAGGAGAGACGAUAAAGAAGUAAAAGUCAUUUAUGAAAAUAA